AUGAUAGUAAUCGGGGUCUCAGACAACCCGCUUAGAGAGCGACUGUUAAGGACGGAGACUUUGACUCUAGAAAACGCAAUAAAUAUUGGUCAGGCAUCAGAAGCAACAAAGCAACAAGCAAUGACAUUAAGCAGACCACACGCCGGAAACCAGAACAAUGUCGACGAACUACGCACGAAAUCUAACAAUACAAGGCGCCCACGACAACAGAGCACAUCUACUUCAGCAUCUUCGCAAGCUCGCAGCAAUUGUAAAUACUGUGGCGACAUUCACCAACGAGGAAAAUGUCCUGCAUAUGGGAAAACAUGCUCAAAGUGUCAUAAAUUGAAUCACUUUGCCUCUGUUUACUUAUCUACGUCCCGCAGCGUACAUUAUACCACGGAAGGUCAUGAAGGUCACGAUUACGAGAUCGCAAGCGAUGCCAAUAACAUUUUCAUAGGAACUCUCUCAACGGAAGUGACAGACAACUCCGUCAAUACGGCUAAUAUUACGAAAGAUGGAAAUCGUGACUGGAUUAUCUCUCUGCGAUCAAAUGAAAGUGUCACGCGGUUCAAAAUUGACAUUGGAGCUCAGGCUAACGUCAUACCAAUGGCAACAAUUGAGAAACUAGCAACUAGACCGCAUAUUGAGAAAACUAAUACAACGUUGACAGCAUAUAACGGAAUGAACAUUCCAGUGGUUGGAAAAUGCACGCUGGACAUUCAACAUAACAAUCAAACACACGCAAUACCGUUUGUUGUUGCAAACACUACUUCACCGCCACUAAUUGGGUUACAAACCAGCAUCGACCUCAAUCUUAUAAAGCGAGUUUGGACCAUAAAUGCUAAAACACCAAACUUCAUACAAGAGUACAAAGAUGUUUUUGGAGAACUUGGAUGCCUAAAGGGUGAACAUCACAUUAGCAUUGACCCCAAUGUAACGCCAGUAGUUCAUCCACCUCGAAAGAUUCCAUUAUCACUUAUGGAACAUCUCAAAGCUGAGCUAGAACGCAUGUGCAAGCUUGAUGUCAUAGAGAAAGUUGACGAACCAACCGAUUGGGUCAGCUCCAUGGUAGUUGUAGAAAAGGACAAUGGCCAGUUACGUAUUUGUCUUGACCUUAAAGAUUUGAACACUGCCAUAAAACGUCAUCAUUAUCCUAUGCCUACAGUGGACGAAGUCCUAUCCAAACUAGGCGGCUGUAACUAUCCAUAUUUACAAAGCUUGACGCAUCCAGCGCGCCUAGCGUUCGGGAUUCACAGUGCCGCUGAAGUGUUUCAGAAGAAAGUUGCUGAAAUCAUUGAUGGUGUACCGAAUGCGGCAAACGACCAAGAUGACAUCAUAGUCUUUGGUAGGAACAAAGAGCAGCACGACAAAGCACUAAAGGACAUACUCGACAGAGUAAGAGAGUCUGGACUUAAACUGAAUGAAAAGAAAUGCCGCUUCGGGGUUUCCGAGACAACCUUAGGACAUGUAAUCACUGCAGCAGGCAUUAAGCCAGAUCCUAGAAAAAUAGAAGCAAUAAUCAACAUGCCCACGCCUAGCAACAAAGUCGAAAUUCAACGUUUUCUCGGUAUGGUGACGUACCUCGGAAAGUUUUUACCGCGCCUAUCUGAUGAGACAGCGCCGCUAAGACAACUACUUGAAAAAGACGUCGUCUGGCAUUUCGAAACGAAACACCGUCAAGCCAUAGAAAAUCGAAAACACCUCGUCACCAGCAGUCCAGUGUUAACCUACUUUAAUCCAAAACAUGCAAUAAGGAUCACAGCUGACGCCUCUAAAUCAGGUCUUGGUGCAGUACUCGAGCAAUUAGAAGAGAACACCUGGAAGCCCGUCGCAUAUGCUAGUAGAGCAAUGACCCAAAGUGAGCAAAACUACGCACAGAUAGAAAAAGAGACAUUGGCAAUUGUGUUUGCAUGCGAGCGCUUCCACGAAUACACCUACGGCAGACCAAUCACGGUACGUUCAGACCACAAGCCACUCAAAGCAAUCUUUUCAAAACCACUAUGCAGGGCUCCUCCGCGCUUGCAAAGACUACUGCUCAGGCUCCAGCGAUAUGAGCUAAGUAUUGACUACACACCAGGAACGGACAUUCCCGUUGCAGAUGCUCUUAGCAGAGCAUACCUGGAAAGUAAACCCACACCAGAGAUAUCGGAGGAAGACAUGAACUGUCAUGUGCACUCAGCUCUGCACAACCUGCCAGUAUCAGAUUCCAAGCUACUAGAAUUUAAACUAGAGACAGCUAAGGAUCCUACUCUUCAAGAGCUGAAAAACAUAGUUGUCAAUGGUCUUCCAUCCAACAAACAACGCAUCCCUGAUGCUGUCAAGCCAUACCUGACAUUCAUCGAUGAAAUAUCAGAAGUUGAAGGAAUCCUCCUUAGAACAAACCGCAUCAUAGUACCCUCCUCAAUGAGAUGUGAGAUGAAAGCAAGAAUUCACGAGGGGCACUUAGUAAUUGAACGAUGCAAAACAAGAGCAAGAGAAGUGAUCUUUUGGCCAGGGAUGGCUACAGAAAUAUCUGAGAUGAUUUCCCGCUGUGAAACAUGCCUAGAAUCAAGAAAACGACAGCAACGCGAACCACUUAUGCCACUACCACCUGCUCAUCAUGCCUGGAGCAGAGUAGCAUGUGACUUAUUCUACAUGAACGGCAAGGACUAUUUACUAAUUGUCGACUACCAUACUAGUUUUCCAGAAGUAAGUCUACUUUCAGAAACUACCUCUGCUGGAAUAAUAAAGCACACAAAGUAA